AUGGCGGACGGAUAUGAGUUUGGCCGGGUGGCACGAAAUAACAACAAUCUUAGUGUAGCGAGAGCUCUUGGUAAGGAAACCAACAAGUGAUCCUUAAAAUAGAAAAAGUCACCCUUUAAAUUAUUUUCACCGGGAGACUUUUUGUCAAUUUCUUAUUUUAUUUUUUCCCUCAGCUUCUUCUGUCAAAACACUUUUGGGACCUAACAACGGGUAAGAGUACGAUUCUUUGACGAUUUGGACUUUAUUUUCCUUUCUAUAAAAUUUUAAUUCAUUUACAAUAGCUAUAACGUAUUCUUAUUCUUUCAAUUAUCGCUACAGGAACAGUUUUUUCCACGUAUUUAUAAUUUAGGUUAAUAUAUUACCUGCAACCUUUUCCAUGAUGAUGAAAUGGGUGAUUUCUUUGAGUUUAAAAAGAAAAAAAAAGUUCAAGAACUUCCAAACUUAACAAAUAAAAAAUUUCCAUGGAGACCUAAACUUUGCUAGAGAAUCCCAUAUAUUUUGUAAUAAGUGCUGUUCAAGCUUGUGUUAUGUAGCACUAACAACAAAACAGCUGAUAAACUGAUCCACCAGCUGAACAACUUUUUUUCUGUAUUUUGUAGCUUAAAGUGCUGCAGUUCAGAUGAUGAAUCUGUCAUAUGCAGCAGUGCAGCCAAGUUGUUGCAGUUCAUUGACAUUCAAGUGAGAGAAAUAACACACUUGCAUUUUAUGUCUAUGUACAUUUUGUCUCAGUUUCUUCUUUUGGAAAUCACAUCCCAGAGAAGUUUAACAUUCAAAUUUAUUUGGGAGAGGGGGGUGAGCAGGUUCCCAGACUCCCCCCUAUGAAGGGGGGCCACCUACAUUUACCCUACUUAGUUCAGAUCAAACAUCUAUUACAUUUUCUGAUAAAAACCCUGUAUCCAGUCCUGCUAGAAUCUCAAACUUGUGAAGACCAUAACUGGAAUAUUCUAACUCUUCUUCCAAACUUGUUUACUGAAUUUCCUAUUUUAUCAACUUGCUGCUGACAUUUUGUCCAAUUGUAACUGGACAAGAACUUGGUAAUGUCAAUUAUAACAUAUAAGGACACUUGUGAUAAAAAUUAUUUUCAAUCACCUCUGUAGCAUCCAGCUGGUUUUAUCCUAAAUGAUGCUUGCCAAGGCCAGUACAAAAAAUAUAGAACAAACUGCAAGACUCUCAUAUGCAUGGCUGGUUUCUGGAGCAGUGCAGUGGAGGAUCUGCUAGAUCAGGUGACUUACAAAGCUUUUUCACCUAUGCAGGAGGUGCACCAGUCUGAAUUGUGUGGGAGAAUCUGACUGGAAAGUAUUGAUUGUGGUGAAAAUAGUUGUAGGGCUUUAUGCACCAGGUUGAAAGAACACCAGAUGUGAACAUCGUGGGUCAUUUAUAAAGGUCAACAUAAUGAUGCACCAGAUCACUCUAUCAUGUGGAUAAUAUGAAAAUCAUAAUAUGAAGGGUUGAUUCUUUGCUUGCCAAUAAAAGCUGCAAAAGCAUUAGUCUGAUAGGUCACUUGGCAUAUACUGGAAGGACCUAAAAUUUGUCAGCUCUUCACAGUUGAGUUUCUAAAAUCAGUAUUCAUAUUCCCCAUACUGUUCUCUAUACAUUUCCUAAUCUACUUACAAGGAGAAUUUGUUUAACAAUCAAGUGCUUUUUUCAGUUGGUGACCAUUUCCUAUAUUCUUGAAACCUAAAUGAGUGAUAUAAGGGUGAUAUUGUAAGGAGAAACUAGAUACUGGUCACUCUCAGGGGUCCAAGGGUUAAUCAUAAAUCUACUGUCUUAUUUUUUUUUAAUUGACUGUACAUGAUAAUUUCCAGGGUGUUCCUAUCCCGAUCAUUUUACGUCUUUUUGAUGAUGCACUUCAAGUCUGUGAAGAGGUUUGUCAUCAGACGUCCAUUGAUAUAACCGAAGCUUUGCAAAGUCAUCAGGACUUGAACCAUCCAGCCAAAGAUAAUUAUGGUGACAAAGAGAACAGCCAAAGCAUCUCCAAAGAGAUUUCUUGUCAUCCAGUUGCUGAAUUGGACAUCUUGAAGAAGACUGAUCUUAUUGACGCUGUUGACGCUGAUGACAUAUCAUGGUAUUUUGAUGGACAAAAACGGGGAGUUGAUGAUGGUUCACCAUGGGGAGAUUUUGACAUUCCCGGGGCACGUAGUCAUAUCCCAAGGAUUCCAGGGUAUAUCACAGCAGCUGAAGAACCUAUCCCACGGACAGUUAAGAUGGAAACUCCAACCACCAAGAUGCCAGAGGUAAAAACUUUCCGAAAUAAGAACUGCCUUGAUCUAAAAAUCAGUCGAAAUGGAGAUGUAACAACUUGCAACGAAAACUUAGACAAAAUUGCAUCACGAUCAGAAAGUUGCAAGUCACUAGGAGGAAUUUUAGGUGCAAAAACGAACGUCAGUAAUAUGUCUCCUCCUUGGGUGAACACGGGGAAGCCAGAAGAUUUUUUACAAGGAACAAAAACAAGAUUAUUGCUUGACGAACCGGAAAGUGGAAAUUCACAGUUUUAUCCUAACAUUCAAGGAGACACGUGUUAUGGAAAUAAGGCUUCAAGAACGCCUCUAGAAUCAACAGAAUCUUGGAAUAAAAGUAUUUUCUCGCGAAGAGAAGACAAAUGUGUAGAUGAAUUCGAGACAUCUCUACCAGAGGCUGUUUCAUACACCGCAAAUGGAAAUAUCGCUAUUAAAUCACUAGUGUCAAAGGAACAUAAUGAAGACUUGAGAUCCUCUGGAUUUUUGGGAGAAAACUUCAUUAACGCCCAUACAGACACGAAGCGUACAAAGUUUCAAAAUGUUGGGGCGAAAUCUUUUGAGCCUCUGAACAAAAUUAAUUUUAAUCCACUCCCUCUUACUUCGUCGGAUUGUAGAGACAUAAAAGGAGACGACAGGUUCUUGUUUUCCCUCUCGGAGAAACUGGAAAGUAAGAAUGUAAUUGUACAAAGACGGGUUAAACUGUCAGAAAUUUUCAAGGGCAGUAGACAUUUUGUGAACAGUUCCAGGAACAAAGCCUCGCCAAAGUUAGUAGAUGUCGAGAACGGACCCAAAGACUCACCCAAAGGAGAGCCUGAAAAAUUGUCUACUGGCACAACUCCUAGCAAGUCGAUACCAAAAACUAGGCAUUCAGGAGAAACGGGUUUGGUCGAUUCAACACCACAUGAUAGGGAAACGUUAUCAGUUCAAGACGGGGUUAGUUCUUCUCCAUCUCAACUCAAUUCAGUUGAAAUAAAGAAGAAGUCGUUGUUUGAACUUGGAAGUUGCCUCUCUCAUGGUAAAGAUCUCGAAAUGAAACUUGCAGUUGAAGUAACAAAUUCCUUGCCAAUCUCUUCUUCAUCGUUUAAAGACCUUGACAUUCCUCUUGGAAUGAUUCACACGGAGUUAGUUCUUGGUCCGCCAAACUCUUUUUCUUGUAGAAUAGAUGGUCUUCUAUUGGAAAACACUUCAACUUUUCAGUUUUCUUCUUCAAGUCAGAAUCUUCCUGCUUGCAAACUUCUCCUGGCUCUUAUUAAUGGAGAUGUCACGCCGGAAUUUCGUCAUGCGGGACUGAACAACGAAUUGCAGAUUCUCAGAAUUAUCAGGAAUGAAGAUUUCAAAUCAUCCGUUUUCAAUCAGGAAAAAGACUGGUACCGAAGCGUUACAGCAAGCCUCAGUAAUCACAAAAUUGGUAUCCUUGUCGUCAAAGGAAUCGUUCAUGAUUCAGUGUUAGAUUAUUGUUUAUCACACAACAUAACCGUGCUUCAAAGCGUUUCAUAUCCAGUCCUUCAACUCCUUUCCUUUGCAACCGGCUCUGCGAUAAUUACUUAUCUCGCUGACUUGAGGGAACAGGAUCUAGGAGGACCUGUUACCAUAGAAACGUGGGAACUCGGCUGGGCGCCAUGUUUAGUUAGACACAGCAAGCCAAAAGGCAGCAGGGAUGGUGACGUCAGAAGGAUGAAGACCUGUCAGUAUGUCCUUGUUAGAGAAGUGACGGAGGCGAGUUCGGAUCGCGAAGGUAAGCAGUAAGGAUUUGCUUUUCCAUCGGAUCACUGUGUGAAGUCCCUUCGCAGUCCCUACUUUUCAUGCGUCACAAUAAUUCCGAGCGGUACACUAGCGUCAACUUUUUUUUUCCGCUCAUUUGUUUUGAGUCGCGCAACGGACUCUGCCGAAAAGAGGAACUGCUCGUAGUCUAGUACUUUCCUUACAUCAGUUUCUUUUACUGAAUUUUUUUCUUCCCGGUAUCUGUUGCCCUCAGAUUUCAACAGUCCUUUACAGACAGUACUUCUCUGUAGCCCUUGUAAAGAUGUCCUCUGUGAUAUGGAGGAGAGGUUCUGGAAUUCGAUCUAUCGGUUGAAAAAUACCCUCUCCUGCGGCCGAGUUUUACCUGGAGCGGGUGAAAUUGAAGCUGCCUGCAUCCGACGGCUGACUGAAUUAGCAGGUAUGUAAACCAUAACGAACGGCUGCCCAGUUGUUUGUGAGCAUUUGCCGAUUCUUGCAAGAGAAAGUGAAAGUGGAAAACUGUUCCGAGCACCUGACACUGUAGAUAAAUAAUGUAAACUGGUAAGGUCGGCACGAGUGUGGGGCCAGACGGCUUUUUCCUGGACCAGCUCACGUCAGCCCGUCCGACCUUACACACAUCAGCUUUCACUAUAAUUUCUUUUUGUAUAAGAUUGCGUAGGCGGGAUCGCUCGAGUCAUAUGAUAAAGCUUAGGAUGUACUUGCAGAGUACUUUCUUAUAUUUUUGAUAUCUUUUUUAACAGACAAACAUGCUGCACCGGCGUUCUCUUCCAGUCCUCUCCCUGGAUGGUUACAGGAAAGUUUAGAGGUAUUCAGGCCUUUGGUUUACACGGCAUUUGCCCAAGGACUCAAAUACUUUUUGUGCAGCGUUCUUCUCAACUCUGGAGACUUUACUUCGCUCAGCGGUACGUCUGUCUAUGUUGAACAGUUAGUCAACGAAGGUUUGACACUAGAUGUUCUUGAGAAAUCUAAAGACGAUCAUUCCGAUGAUCAUCGAGGGGAACCUCGGAGAGCUAGAGGAAUCAAAGGUGGCCACGCGAAAGAUCGCGUUCCUUCAUGCGAUCCCACGGGAUUCCCCGCCGAAAAUGUCCGAGAUCCCUUUGACUCGAGGCAAGUAACUUACAAGGUCAAAAGCAGUGUAUUUGAUGAUUACACAGCUAAGAAAGAAGCAUGGCGGCGCGCUGUGGCUGUCAUAAGAAUUCUUCUUCAAUCGGACAUGUUAGUAGAGACAGGACUCAUAGUAGGGCAAAGCAAAAGCGAAAUAGUUCUCUUUUAA